UCACUGUAGUAUCAAUAGAGAUCUGUUGAAAAUUACCAAUGCACGAAACUGCUAACAGCGAGCUGUGUAAAAACGUCCGCCAGAGGUGACGCAUGCGCACGAGAGAGAAACCGUUGUGAUACGAAGUUAUGGCCUUCGCCAUGCAGACUGAAAAUUUUCCUUGCGUUCCAUCCGGGCUGGACCAAGUGAAUAAGAUGAUCAAGGAGCAUGGUGACCUCUUUACCGACAGCCUGUGCAACAUCUGCAAUGCUGUCCUAAAUUCAGAGUCCCAGAAGUUGGCUCAUUAUCAGAGUAAAAAACACGGCAACAAGGUGAGGCGCUAUCUUUUAGACCAAAAUAAGAGCGGUCCAGAGUUGAAAAAGUUCAAGUCUUCAUCAUCUGACACGGUGGAAACUGACACAUCUGACCCCAUGAAGAUCUGUGACAUUUGCAAGAUGACCUUCACGUCUUCCGUUAUAGCCCAGUCUCACUACCAGGGCAAAGUUCACGCCAAGAAUCUGAGACACCAAACUGUGGAUCCUCUGUCUCAAGCCCAAGCGGCUGUACCAGCACAGCCCAAAAAGAAAGCAGAAACGGCAACACAAGAUCCCGGCACAGACAGCGUGGACGACAAACACCCGGACCGUUUUUGCUCCAUCUGCCAGGCCUCCUUCAACAACGCACAGAUGGCCCAGCAGCACUACGUGGGCAAGAAGCACAAGAAGCACAUGGCGAAGCUCAACCUGUUGAAGCUGUACGGCAAGCCCACCACGCCAGCUGCCGCAGGGCAAGGUCUGCUAUGCACCAUCUGCAACAUUGAGGUGAACUCUGUGGAUCAGUACCAGUCUCACAUCAGCGGGGCCAAACAUAAGAACCAAAUGAAAAAAUCUGGCCUGGAGCCAUCGGAGAACCUGCACAUGGCCCAACAGUCACCUGGUAACAAAAACAAGUCAACAGAUAGCGGCGACCACUCUGAAACUAUUGAGACCACGGCUGAAACGGGCGACAACCAGUCUGGAAGCGGCAACGGCGAUUACGAGUUUGGAACAGCAAGCCAACAGUUUGGGAACCCUUCCGCAUUGGGAGAGGACGAGUUUGUGACUGAGGGCAGCCUGUUUGGGUCGGGAGAUGACCAGUUUGUCUCCUUAGACAGCUAGUCCGGCCCUCAGGAGGAUGCUUAUUUAAGGGGAUACUAACACCCAUGAGACAGGAUCCAGCGAGCGACUUGAGUGGGAGGAUUCAGUCAGGACUCGGGACAGAAACCCCACAAACAACUAAGUUUCAUCGGACCUUUGCAUCCAUACAGAAUCAUGCUAGUAGGUUCCCCCCCUCCGAAAAAGCAGCUUUGGACUCUGGAAGGUUUCUUUCCUAAGGAGCCUCAACUUCAAUAUGAAAUAUCUUAGUUUUUUUUUUAAUCUAAAUUAUUUUUUAUAGAAUGUAAAACCUUUUUUUUUUUGGCUCCAAAGUCGCACUCUUGUGUUUGAGCAUUCGAUGAUUACCAGUGUAAAAACCCAAAUCUGCUUAAUGCUCGGCAUGAGUUGUUCCCUAACGUACAAGUGAGUUUCAAGGUCACGUGAUCCCACAUCCAUUUGACUUUACAAUAUUUCUCGAAACACAGCCCGUUCAGUUUGUACGUCUUUAUUACACAACUUUUCCCGCUUUUCCACUGCACGGUGCCGCCUCGUCCUUACUCACUUUUGGUCGUUCGGUUUUUCACUUCUGAAUUCCUCUAUUGGUAAGAUGGGCAAGAGGGUGCAUUUUAUUCAAGAGGAGACUGAGGGCUUUUGCAAUGUAGAGCAUUAGUUUGGCUAUUGUGAUGACUUUGUGUUUUUAUUCAAAAUAGUACAGCAGGGAACUGUAUUGACUGCAUCAUUUGUGAUAAGACUUUGAACUGCAUUUUGUUCAAGGAGACUGAGGACAGUAUAUUUGUAUUACUUUUAUUAAUGCUACUUUCCAGCGCACGGGUCCAGCUCAGUGCUUCUUUUUUCCGUAAGGACAUAUUGUAUCUUUGUGUAAGGAGACAUGUUAUUUAAGAGCAGAGUGAGGGCAGAUAGACUUUAUUACAUAUACAUUCAUAUUUACAUACUCUGCACUACUCUUGAGUCCCUCGGUUUUUCACUUGAAAAUAGCACCGUGAAACACCACUGAAUAUGCCAUUGGAGACACAGAUAAAGGGGGCAUGUGUUCACUCCUUGGGAUAGAAGAUGCAUUUUAUUCAAGAGGUGCAAUAAGGGUAAUUACUUUUGCCCCCCUUUUCCACUGACAGGUACCUGCCCAUAUCUACCGUGUUAUUGUAAAUAGUACAAUGGGAAACUGCAAAACUCGUAUUAAUUUCUUGCUGAAAGUGACAUUUUAUUUUGGAGCCAAGUGGACACUGGAGUUUUACACUGCAGCUUGCAGAGUUAGCUAAUAUUGUUUUAGUCGUCUUUUGUCUUGACAAACGAGCGACCAACAGUGGUUUACGUCACCCAUGUGUCAUGCCUGGAAUAGUACAUAUGCAAAAGCAUCAUUAGAGAGUCGGGCCAAGCCGAAUUGGUACCGUGCAGAGGAAAGUGAGCUUAAGAAUAAUGAAGAGAUACCUGGUAGUACAUCAUGGUCAAUAAUAACACUGGAAAUGUCUUUGACUUUGUUGCCAAAUGUCACAAGCAGCCCCUUUACUGUUUAUUGGUUCAAUUGUUGUCAAUGUUGUUCAAGUGAUGUCAAAAUUAGGACAACCGAUGUCAGAACCAUUGUCCUCGCAUAAAGACUGACUGAAUGACUUUAUUACCGAUUGGCUGCUAAAGGGAAAUGCUUUUUGGAUGUAAUUUUCUAUGAAUAAGGUGGCUGCUUUCUGCUGUAUCGGUUGUGCUCAUUCUCCUUGGUGGUGAUGCUUUGCUUUCUCACUAAGUUGCGUUUUGAAGGAAAGGAAGAUUGCAAGUCGUGCAUUGAUUAAAAAAGAAAAGAAGGAAAAUACCUCUUUACGUUUUCUCACUCCUUGUAUUCUUCAAGUAGAUUCGUGUGACAUGCACCAGCAUCAACAAAUAAACCAAAAAUUGUCAGUGGC